GAGGGAAUCUUGGAAAGAGAGCGAUGAAGAAACGAAAGAGAGAGAGAGAGAGAGAGAGAGAGAGAGAGAUGGGUUUGUAAUAAUUGAGAUUUUAAGGUUUAACAUUUGGUUUUUGUUUGAUAUCCACACAAUAAUUCCCUCCAAAAAUCCCCAUCUUCUUCUUUUCUGCUAAUUCGUAAUUCAAGCCUUGAGACCGGCCAUUAAAUACAUGGGUCUCUCCUUCUCUUGUUUAUGCACACAAACUGUUUGAUGAAUUGCCUAAGAGAGGGAUUGAAGGCGAUUGAGAGCUCUGUGGGUGGUGGUGGUGGUGAAGGAUUUGAUGAUGGUCCUGUGAUGAAGAACACGACUUGCUUUUGAAGUUUGAGGUGUCAGGAAACCACCAUAGAUUUGAGACUGCCCCACCCAAUCGACAAGUUUCAGUCAUGGGUUCAUCCAAUAGAACCAAUUUAGCUCACUUGGCCCUGUUUUUUAUUUGAAUGUCAGCUGGGUUUGGGCGUCUGUAUGUUCGAAUGCUUUAAAGGAAGAAAGAUUAAGAAGCUGAGGGAGCUGUUCAAACUUUCUUUUGGUUCCUGGACUGGUGAAGUGAAGCCAACUUUCCCCACAAAAGUUUGUCUUGUGAGGUGGCUCAAGGCCCUCUAGUUUGCUCUGUUAAACUUCAACGUGGAGCCCACCCUUGGGGUUGGUGGGCUUCUUUGAACCAAUUGAAACCCACAUUUGAAAGGUGCCACAGGAUCCCAUAGGCCACAUUGAACUUCCUUUUUUUGCCUUUCUUAAUGAUCAAGGAGGAAGAAGAAAAAGGGGCUUCAUUUCAGUAUUAUUCCCCUCAUUAACACUGUAUUCCCACAAUUGGGUUCUUCCAUUCAUCUUCCCCCUGUCUUUUAUGCUAAAUCCAUUUUUUUAUCCAUAAAAGAAAGUACCUCUUUUCUGAUGCUUCUUUGUUUCUUCCUCACUUGCCUCUCCUUCCUCCUCUUUAUAAAGUCCCUCCCCCUCAAACCACUCCCACUAUGGGCAUAUGAGAUGAGGCUCUUGCCCCACUGGUUCUGGAAAGAAUUAUCAUUCUUUCCCAUAUACAAGGUGAUCAAGAACAGUCUUUGUACAUAUCUUUUUAGUAUUCCAUCGAGGAUGUCCUUGAAAAAGAAAUAUCUUUCAAAAAUAGAGAAUGUUGAGGAAAACAGUGAGAUGUCGGUGUUGGACUUGCCAGAAUUGGUCUUGGAAGGCAUUCUAGAGAGACUUCCACCGGGCGCUCUAUGUAGUAUGGCGGGUGUUUGUAGUUCAUUGAGAGAGAGAUGUAUAAGUGACCGUCUUUGGGAGAAGCACAUACAACGAAAAUGGGGUAAAGUUAUUGGUCAAGCUGCUUACAGAGAGUGGCAAUGGUAUCUUGCUUCUAGAGCUGGUGCAAGUAAUCUUAAGCAAAACAAGCAGAAGAGCAUUAUUAGACUUUUGUCUUUUGGUUGGUCUCUUUCAUGGAUCAGAUCCAAGGCUAAUGACAAUAACACGCAACGAAAUUCGCUGCCGGUUGAUUCAAUCAUGUCUUGGUAUCUUGCGCUUGAGACUGGCAGAUUCUGGUUCCCAGCUCAGGUCUAUAACCGUGAGAAUGGCCAUGUUGGUUUCAUGUUGUCUUGUUAUGAUGCAAAGCUUUGCUAUGAUCCCCACACGGACACCUUCCAAGCGAGGUACCCUCCACAUGGCAGGCGUGCAAUCGCAAUUGAGAAUGGCGUGCAAUGGGAGAGGCUUAGAGCACCGCCCAUCGAUACUCCUCCACACGAUCUUCAUAUCUCAGACUGUUUGAAUGAAUUGUGCCCUGGUGACCAUAUUGAGAUACAGUGGAGAAAAAACAAAGAAUUCCCUUAUGGUUGGUGGUAUGGCGUUGUAGGUCACUUGGAAACAUGUGAUGGAAAUGCUACUCACUGCAGAUGUCAUUAUAGUGAAACUGUGGUGCUGGAGUUCAACCAGUACACCCCUGGAUCAAGAUGGAGACUCGCAGCCAUCAACCGAAAGGACCAUCGAGAGGAAGGCAACGAGAUCGACGGGUUCUACGGAGGAAUCCGAAAGCUUUGCUCCGAUCAAGAAAUCUCAAUGUGGAAACAACUUUGGCCUACAGACAUCUUGGAGUAGGUAGGAGCUUGGUGCCCCUUCACACCUCUUGAGCUUGGAGCUCAUGCUUCUUCUUCUUCUUCUUCCUCUGCGUAAUCUAAUUACUCUGUUUCAAGGGAUGUGAAGAAAGUGAUUUUAGGAACAGCAAAAGAAUAUAGGCUUUCUGUUUAGAUUCAGUAGUGUGAAGACUGUAGCUGUCUACUCUUCCUUCCACUUUGAUAAUCUAAUAAUCUAUUGCUUUAAAUAUCA